UCCGGUCAAUGUUUGGAUGCGUGCCAUUUAAUAUAUAUCCAGUUUCCGAAAGGAAAAUAGAGGAAAAUAAUAUAAAUACAAAGGGUGUAAUAAUAUGUAGUUGUCUGUUAUAGUUUUAGAAUGUAGAAUACAAUUUAUAUUAAGCAACAUCAAAGAAUGAGUUGCAAAGUAAUAUUGGACACCACUGGCCCCGUAAACCCAGGGGCGACAAUAUAUGGAAGAAUUGAAUGUAUAGUAAACACCGAGCAAUUUAUACGAGAAAUAAGGUGUAAAUUAGUUGGCAAUGAACAUACUAGCAUUAAAUCGGCAAAAGAUACUUUCGAGGGACACAAUGAAUUUUUAAAUCUUAAAAUGAGCUUAAUCGGAGAAGGUACAUUGGAACCUGGUCAACACGAGUAUCCAUUUUGUUUUACCAUACCCAAGGAUCUUCCUAGUUCUUUCCAAACUGAAUAUGGUUUUGUGCGAUAUUUUAUAAAAGCUACAGUCGACGUUCCUUAUGCUUCGGAUUAUAUUGAUGAAGUAACUGUACCUGUUACCGCCAUAAUAGACCUUAACAACAUUAAAGAGGAGCUACAAACGAAACCUGUUUCGUUUCAAAAUGAGAAGACCGUGUGCUGUUUAUGCUGUGCCGGUGGCGAAAUUUCUAUGACUUUGCGCUUAGAAAAGGACGCAUUUAUCAUAGGAGAAGAAGCAAAAAUCAUAGUAGACGUUUCUAAUAUGUCAAGAAUCAGCAUAGAAGAAAUAAAUUUAACACUUACUAGGAUAAUGGAGUUUAAAACACAAGGAAUAAGAUAUGAAAAAACAAAGGAGGUUUUGGUCACUGAAACCGAACUAGGUGUCGGAGCACAUGGACAGAAAACAUUAUUCAUUACUCUUAAAAUUCCUCAAUCAAUUGUCAUACAAAAUUUAGUUAAAUGUAAUUUAAUACAAGAGUAUUUUAGGUUACGAGUUGAAGCUGGCCUCUCUUUGCUCCAUCGGAAUCUUAUCAUUGAUACAUUCAUAAAGUUAGGACAUGUUGCAUUGAAUACUACAACAAAUUUAGAUGAAAUAGAAAACAUACUUCCUCCGCCAUACCAAGAACGUUACUGAAUUUUAUUAUUGAUAACAUAUUAAUUUUUAUAUACAGUGCAUUCGUAAAGUGUGGAAACGGUCUAUUAUCUCAUGACUUAAUUAUUUUCAGAGUUAAAGCUCUGACAGGUCGAUUUUUAUUUUUAAAUUAUCAUUUUUUUGACGUAUAGUCCAUAAUAGUGACGUCAUCGAUUUGGGCGUAAUGACGUCCUCGAUGAUUUUUUUAAAUGGGAAUAGGGGUAGAGUGGUAGCUCAUUUGAAAGGUGAUUCAAUUCUGUAUUCAGUAAUAUAAACAUUAACGUCAUUAUUUAUACAGGGUGGCCAAAAAAUAUUUUUUGAAUUAAAAUAAUUGACGCAAAAAGAAGAAUGUAUGUAAUUUAUUUAACUCAAAAUACAUUUUACUGAUGCCACAUAUAAUAAAAAAAAUGUUUAUUUCAUAAAUAAACAUUGCUUUUCGCUUAAAUUAAAUGUCAAACAGCCAUACACCUGCCUCUUGACAGUUGAACAUUUAAUUUAAGCAAAAAGCAAUGUUUAUUUGUCAAAUAAACAUUUUUUUUCUCUUUUCCGACAGUAGUAAAA